AUGUCCAGAAUUUUUCAUCUUCACAAAGCCAUAGUUACACAUACUCAAGGUAUUUCCCCUGUUUCAGUUUAUUAUUCAAAGCUGAAAGAUCUUUGGGAUGAAUUCGAUUCAAUAGUUCCUCCUUCAUCUUGCGAAUGUGUUAAAUCGAAGGAUUAUUCUGAUAGUAUGGAUAGGCAGAAGUUAUUACAAUUUCUUAUGGGUUUGAAUGAAAGCUAUGCACAAGCUAGAAGCCAGAUACUUAUGCUAAAUCCACCACCCAGUGUCAAUCAAUGUUAUGCCAUGAUUGUACAAGAUGAGAGUCAACGUGAACUCAGUGGUGAAUAUUCUGGUGGAGGCAUCACUGAUCCUACUGCAUUAUUGACAAAUAAGUCAGCCAUCUUCCCCCCAAUUAGUGCCCCAUGA